UCUAUAUACACGUUGAUGAGUUUGUGUCAUUGAACGUACCUAGUGUGCCAGAUUCCAUACGCAACCAACGUAACAACAUUAAAUAGCAUACCAUGGCCAGAAUGUAUUGACCGCGCCGUAUCGCUGCGAAAAGCGCAAGUAACGAUCCCACUGACCAGAUAGUUGCGCGCUGCGCUUAGAGAGCCGUACUCUGCUAUCCGAGCGGAGCGGCAGUGGAAGAUGCAAAUUAGGAGGCGGGGGAAGCUUUAUCUGUAGUAGGAAUGCUUCACGAAAAGACUGGAGUAAUCCCCACCUUAAGUCAAAUACCUGCGGCUAUAUGAAAAGCUCCAUCAUGGAACAAGGUGCAGGGGGUGUGGCCUCUCACCUCUCCUCCCCGCUUACUUGAAUCCGCUGCCCUGGCUCUCCCUGUUACAUGCAUUCCGGCAAGCCACCAACUCACACUCUCAGUGGUCAGCAUGUUGCAGUGGAAGAAAAAAAUCUUGAAAAGUGUGGGACUCUUUUUCUGCCUGGCGAUCACAUUUACAUUUCUUCAGAAUGGGACAUCUCCUGGACUGUUUACUCAGGGCCAGCAGAAGGUUUCUAGGUCCCAAAUGUUAAGUACUCAAAAAAGGGACUCUUAUCGUGUGCCAGAUGGGUUCUGGGAAACCAAAUUGAAACAUGAUCCUACAGAAGCAACUCCUACAGCAGAAUUGCAACCAACAGAGUGGGAUAUACACUCUACUAACUGUUCAGCCAACUGGAAUCUUAGCAAAACGGAAUGGUACCGAUCAAUGGAGCCACAUUUCCAACAGUUCGUUCUCUAUCGACACUGCCGCUACUUUCCUCUGAUUAUUAACAACCAACAGAAAUGCAGUGGUGAUAUCGAGCUGCUAAUAGUAGUGAAGUCCAUUAUUACUCAGCACGACCGCAGAGAAGUGAUCCGUAAAACCUGGGGUAAAGAAAGAGAGAUAGAUGGUAAAAAGGUGAGAACACUAUUUCUACUGGGUACCGCCAUGAGAGAAGAGGAAAGAGCAAAUUACCAAAAACUCCUAGAAUUUGAGAAUAUAAUAUAUGGUGACAUUCUGCAGUGGGACUUUUUAGACUCCUUCUUUAAUCUGACCCUUAAAGAGGUACAUUUUCUAAAGUGGAUGGACAUCUACUGCAAGAAUGUGAAAUACAUCUUCAAGGGGGAUGAUGAUGUUUUUGUUAAACCGGAUAACAUCAUAGAGUAUCUUGAUGGCAAGGACCAACCUGAUCUCUUUGUAGGAGAUAUCUUGAAAAAUGCUCGUCCUAUACGUAGAAAGGACAACAAAUAUUAUAUCCCCACAGCUCUGUAUAAUAAAACAUUAUACCCUCCAUAUGCAGGUGGUGGAGGUUUCCUCAUGGCUGGUUCUUUGAUUAAGAAACUGCACAGAGCCUCUGAAACACUGGAGCUGUAUCCCAUUGAUGAUGUCUUCUUAGGGAUGUGCUUGGAAGUUAUUAAGGUCAGCCCGGUAAUUCAUGAAGGAUUUAAGACUUUUGGUAUUGUCAGGAACAAAAACAGCAAAAUGAACAAAGACCCUUGCUUUUAUAAACACAUGCUGGUUGUACAUAAACUACUUCCAGAUGAGUUGUUGCACAUGUGGGAACUUGUUCACAGUAACUUAACUUGUACACGGAAGAUCAACAUCCUUUAGUAUUGAUGCACUGGUAUACCAAAGUGGACAAAAUUAUAAUAUACUGUAAUGUUUCCUCCCUGGCAGGUUUAGGGGGAAUAUUUGUUCUUAAUUUUAUUUUAUAAUCUAUUUAAUGGGAUCCAUGAUCUCUUAUGUCCAGGAAUUCCUAAGGACACUGUCUGAGGUACGAGAUGAAUGAUUAAAACAACUAUGUGACUGUAAAAGAGACCUUGCUUUAACAUGGUGUUUCAGGUUUGCAGGGAUUUUGUAAGUAUAGCUCUUCAUAAUAUAUUUGGGACCACCUUUGCUGAAAGCCCCAUGUAAUAUGAACAGAGAUACUUGGUGCCUUGUCAUGUCAAAAGCAAGCUCCACACUGGAUGAAUCUCCGCUUUGGAACUAUGCAGCAAACCAAAGGCGCUUGGAGCAGAAAAAAACGCAGGAAUCUGUAGACUCUUGGUUUUGAUUUAGGCCACACAGAAGAUGACCGUGACUUAAAACCAAUACGUUUACAAUAAUUCAAGACCUCAAAACCAAAGUCAAACCAGUGAAAGUUUUAUUUGAUUAUAUGACUUUAGCCUCGGUUUAUUUUGAAGCAUUGCUCAUAGAAUUGUAUUAAUUUAUGAAAAAAUUAAGAUUUACAUUAACCGGUAAAACAUGAAUAUGGUGUUUGAUUUAAUGGGGAACACGCCAGGUUAAAUUCUGUGCAGCUUUAAUUUUUUUGUCAUCGAAUAAAUUGUAAAAACAAAAAAAGUCUUCAAUUUAUAGAAUUCAAUUAAUUUUACUAAGUUACAAUAAAUAAACUGCAAUUCAGUGUUCAGUAGAAUAGAAGAAAUUCAUACUUCUAUUCUAGCCAUAAACAUGAAAGUAA